GCCACCAUUUACAUUUAUUGUUGCUUGGAUUGGACGUGGCAGCCAUGACGUGAUUUCUGAGUUUUUGUUAAACAGAUUACACUAUUAAUUGUAGCGAAAACUGUUAAUUAAGGGGAAUACGUGCAUUAUUCGCCACCGCCUGUCGUUUGCCAGUGUAAAGCCAGAAAUCCAUGUAGAGUGAAAUUAAGUCGGAGCAGCAACAAGACAACGGAGCGGAAAUCAGCAAUAUACACACACACUGAAAAGCAACAAUCAACAAUCAACAACAAGAAGUCAACGUCCAAAUUUUAAAGCUCUUUUUCGCUGUUGCUUCCUUUAUCGAUUGAUCGAUAGCUCCAGACAAUACCAUACCAUCCAACCGAUAAUUUGCACUUACCAACACUGCUGGGCGAGAGAGCAGAGCGAUAGAGCGCAAAACAGCUGAUUGCGACUGGCACACGGCUGUUGUUGUUGCAGUCGCGCUGUUUUUUUUUCUGUUUUGUUGGAACUUUUUCGCUGCAGCGAGAAAGAGAGCGGCGAGAGAGGGAGAGCAGCACAAACUACUACGUGUGACGUGGUGUGGGGGCAUACAGGUGGCAAAACAGCUGUUUCAACAGCAAAAGCAAUCUGUUUUUUAGUAGAAUACAUAAUCAAUUUGCCGCCUGCAGUUUCCAGCUAAAGAAAAAAAAAACAAAACUCACAACCAAAAAAUCAACAAUAACAACAACAAAACAAGCGAAGCAGGAGAGAAGAGGGACUUUCAGAGAGGCAGCUUCCAGGAUCGACUUAACACUUCCAGUGCUUCCCGUCCUUUCCAAGAGACCAGAGACGAAGAGCACCAGACCAAGAGCACCAGACCGACCUUCCAAGCAAACCAGCCCCCUUCCACGAUUUCCAAGCUGGCCCAACCAACAAACAGCAUCCCUCCAAUUCCAACCUUCCAAUCAUCAUCAUCGACAUCAUCCAUUUCAUCCGGGAACGAUCGAGGGGCUAUCUAAUUGCUAUCUAAUUGGCGGCUAGCUGCGCGCACGUUAUGACCAAUUCGAUUGCGUCAACGAAAUGCCUGCCCAAUGCACUAUCGACCGGCAAUUAUGGAAUGUCCCAGAGCCACCGUUACACCGAUGAUAGCAAGGAGUACAUCAUCGUCAAGCUCACCGAUUCCGCGUUCCGUGCGAUCGAGGAAUAUCAGCGCGAUGACAACGCCAAGCGCCUGCAGCCCGGCCAGCGGGCCAAGAUCCAAUUUGCCGGCAAUACGGGCGUCAUCCAGUUCCCGCGACCAGCGACGGAUGCUAAUGGCAUCCCUAAUGCUAAUGGCAAUGGUAGCGACGCCUCCGGAGGAGGAGGAGGUGGUGGUGGACGCAAGUUUGGAUUCACCAUCAACAAUAUGGAGGGAACGCUGGAGUGCGUUCAACAGCAGCAACAGAACCUCGGAGUCCUCGGAGCGGUCACCCUGCGAAUGCGGAUCCAUGCCAAUGACGAUGUCUACGAUACGACACGCACAAAAAUGGCCAUUGCCGAGGAGACGGAGAAGAGCAAGUGCAUCAGGGAGAUCAAGCCGAAUCAGUCGGAUAUCGGGCGUAAGGUGAAGAAGCCGCCAUCAGCAUUCCAAGCCUCCAUGUCCUCCUCCGUAUCCGCCAACUCCAACUCCUCUAAUUCUGGUUUGACGACGACGACGGCAUUUCAUCAUCACAGCAACAGCAACAACAGUGGGAACAACAACAACAGCAACAGCAGCAGCAGCAAUAGUUUUAAUAGCAACAACCAUAGUCGUAAGUUAGGUUCAUCGCCAUUUAAUGGCCUAGGCGUAGGAUCCAGCAGCUCCUCCAGCAACGUGUUUGCCUCGCGUUCGCCCAAUCCCAGCACGCUGGGCGCCAGCGGCACAGUCAAUGGCUCUGGUGGUCGUUAUGGCGGCGGUGCAGCCUCCUCGCUAGCUUCCACAUUCGCCAACGGCAUCUCGCAGGGCUACAAUAACCUGAGCGGCAGCUCGCCAAGGGACGCCAUGCCACUAGCAGCAACAGCUGCGACGGCAUCAUCAGGUGUGCCAGCAUCAUCUGCAUCAGCAUCAGCCAUCUCCUCACGCAACAAGAUGCCAAGCGGAGGCCUUACCUCCUCCAACUCCAACUCCUCGUCCUCCAGGAGUGCCAAUAACAAGUCGUCGGGCGGCAAUAAGAUGUCGGAUGUGUCCAGGCGCAACAUACGCGAACGCCUCAUCCAUCUGCUGGCCCUGAAGGCCUUUAAGAAGCCCGAGCUCUUUGCGCGGCUGAAGAACGAGGGCAUACGGGAUCGGGAGCGCAACCAGAUAACCAACAUACUCAUGGACAUUAGCACCAUGUCGCACAACACGUACAAUCUUCGUCGCCAGAUGUGGAACGAUGUGGACGAGAACUGGCCGUUCUUCAGCGAGCAGGAGGUGCAGCAGUUGAAGCGUCGCAAGCCGCAGAACCUGACGCCUCCGAUGAGCUCGGAUGCGGGCAGCUCGACGUCCGGCCAGAGUCCAACAUCGACGCACACGGGCAGUCCGCCGCCGCCGUCGUCGAGUAAUGGCGGUCCUGGCGGAGUCGGCGGUGGUGGAGCCGGCGGCGGUGGCCUGAAGCGCACUAGCCUCGAGUACGACGAGACUAUGUUCAGCACUGUUCAGCCCAAGAAGCAGCGCAUCAGUCACUACAAGAAGGACACGCCGCCCUCAAGCACGUCGUACUCCGCUCCGAUGUCCCUGGGCUCCUCCUCAUCCAGUCGUAAUCGGUAUACACCGCCGCAAAGGCAGCCGGGUCCGUUGGAUGAUCACAGCACUAGUGACCUCAGCUACAAUGUGCUGGACAACAUGGAGGAGUUUAUGAGCUCGACGGCAGCGGCCACCCAGCAAUCGAUGGAUCAGCAGCAGCAACAGCAGCAGCAUCAUCCGAGAACUAGUAGCAGCAGUAGUAGUAGUAGGAGAGGCAGCUCGUCUUUGGCGGGCACCAGCAAUGGAGGAGGCGGCAACAAGGAUAAGCGCAACUCCACGGGCAGCAAUUCGAGCAGCUCCAGUGGCUACGAGACGCAGCAGGAUCGGCAGCGAACAUCGGCGACGAUGUCGUCGAACCGCAGCAGCAGCAGCAAUAAGUCCUCAUCCGCCUCCGCCGCCCCCUCAUCUUCGACGACGCCGCCGAAGUUGGCGGCCAGUUUUGUACCUGCUGCAUCCGGAUCCAGUUCCGGAUCGGGAUCCAGCAAGCAGCGCAUGCCGCCCCAGCAGAGCGACUAUGGCUCGUACAACAGCAAUAACACGCAACAUGCGGCCUCCAACAGCAAGAAGAGGACGAGUAGCAGUGGACCCAGUGGUGGAUCGAAUGGCCAGCGGCAGAGGAACUCUAGUGCCUCCAACUCUGGCUAUCAGCAGGUGCCGCCACCCUCUGCCUCCUCCAACUCGAGAUCAUCGUCCCUCCAGCAGCAGCAGAAUCAGCAACAAAAACAGCAGCAGCAGCAACAUCAGCAGCAGGCGCAACAUCAACAGCAGCAGCAGCCUAAUAAUCAUUACCAUCAGCAGGCCAAGCAUCCCUCGCCCACGCAACAGUUGGCCGCUGCCGCACAUGCCUAUGCCCAAUCCACCGCGGAUGCGGACUCAUCCGCCAUGCCCCGCUACGACUUCAGCCAAUACGUGCCCAUCCAGACGCUGGAGGUGCGGCGGCGCUACAAGACUGAGUUCGAGAGCGACUACGAUGAGUACCGCAAGCUGCUGACGCGGGUGGAGGAUGUGCGCAAUCGUUUCCAGGAUCUAUCCGAGCGUCUGGAGAGCGCCAGGCGCUGUGACAACGGCUACGGGGACUACGAUCACAUCAAGCGGCAGAUUGUGUGCGAGUACGAGCGGAUCAACAACGAUCGCACCAUUGGAGAGGACAAGCAGCGCUUUGAUUACCUGCACGCCAAGCUGGCGCACAUCAAGCAGCUGGUGAUGGACUAUGACAAGACUUUAACGGCGGCGGUGGCGGUGGCGUCUUCGGAAGUGGUGGCGCCUCCAGCUCCGGAUCCAGCUGUCACGGAGGCGGCGGCCAGGUUGGCCGAGCAGCAGAGGAGACAGCACCACGCUGUCGAGACGAUAGAACAGAAGCCGCAAAAGCAACGCCACCAUCCCCAGCAGCAACAACCACAGCAGCAGCAUCAUCAUCCGCAGCAGCAACAUCAUUUACAGCAGCAACAUCUGCAGCAGCAGCAGCAGCAGCAACAUCCACAGAAUGUGAGUGAUUCGGAUGACAGUUCGGACAGCUCGGAAUCCAACGAUGAAGACGAGGACUGCGAUGAGUCCAACUCCAACUCCAAUACCGAUGACGAUGAGGCACGCUACUGAUCCUGCUGGGACCACUUCGAUGACCAUCCGCUGAUCCCCCAUGUAAAAAGGCAAACAACAAGCAAGAAACUAUUAUAAAUACAAACUAUUAUAGUAAAAAUGCAAAAAAAAUCAACAAAUGAUGAUGCAACAACAAACAAAUCAACAAAACCGACAAAAACACCAACAAAAACCUUCUAAAAGAAAUUGUACUACAAGCAAGAAAAAACCUUCAAAAAAAUGUUGAAAUUAUGUUAACAAAAACAAAAACUAAACAAAAAAUACAAACUUUCGCGUAAAAUAAUUUUUAUUACAUAAAAACAAAAAAACGAGGGUAGGCGGCGGGCCAGUUCUGCUGCCCUCCGAUUUCUACAUCUAUAUAUAUAUAAUACAUAUAUAAACUAUAUACAUAACAACAAGCCAGAAGAAGACGAGUUGAGGAGGAAACAAAAUCAAUAUUUUUAAAAACGGCGAAAGCAAAAAAAAUUAUAUACGAGUUGUAGACUUAAUUUUUUGUUGAGCAUAUUGAGCAGCUUAAGUAACUAAAUGAAAAUGAGAACGGAAACGAAAACACCUGGUUUUCCUUGCGUUUUGUGUGUAAUAAUUAUUAUUAUUAUUAUAUUAUUAUCAACUUUUAAAUAUAUAGCGUGUAUGUUUUUCGUUUUUAAUCUAGACUCUUCUUAUUUUUAUUCUUGAUUUUUGUUUAACAUUUGUUACAAACGGCAAACACUCACCUCACACAACAAAAAAUCCACAAAAACAAAAGGAAAUCACAUGUACACACUACACUACACUGUACACUCAUCAACAAAUUUUUUGCAUUUUUGGGCAUAGCUUUUGUUUUAGAUUUGUGUAUAGAGAAAGGAGAGAUUGAGAGAGAGAUAUAGCGAGCGAGUGGGCCAGCACAAAGUGUCCUCGCUGCCGCCGACUGCACGUGCCCCCAAAAGGUCCUGGAUCCAUGGAUCCACAGUGGGAUUUGGGAUGGGGAUUCGGAUGGGAACCGGGAUCGGGAUCUUCGGGGGUGCGAGUAGAGUUAACUGAUAUUGAGCCAAUGUUUGCCUAGGCCUACGAUGACCACAUUUGAAAAGCGUAACCGUAACCGACAAAUAGACAGACAGACACACUGAGAGAAACAGAGAGAGCACCACAGAAACAAACUUGAAAAUCAUUUGCAUAUGAGGUUGGGGAAGUAAAAUGACUAGGUGGUACAGAGGCCUAUUUGGAUUCUAUCUUUUGCAAUAUUUGAUCUAGUUGUUAUUAGAACUGUUAUAUUUUCCAGAAAACAUUGUACUUUGGAUUUUUAAAAUAUAGUCUUCAAUCAUUUCAUUGAAAAUUUCUUACCAAAAGUGAUGAUUAUAAUCUUUGGUCAGUGUUUGUUUCUUUUUAACUUCAGUUAUGAUCUAAAAAUUGGUUUAGCCAACUUUCUAUUAGAACUAUAUUAUACAGAAACCAUUUCUUCUAACCACCUUUAAACUUACAAACCCAAUCCAAAAUAUGCAAAAUGUGUGUAAAUUAUAUAUCCCUUUGGUGGUGUUGCAUGCGGGCGUGCCUCUAAACAAUAGACUGAACUUUUAAACGGCUUGUGUAGAAAAAAAUUCUUCUGUUUUAUCGAUAACUAGUUAAUUUGUUAUAUAUUUUUGUGUUUUAAUUAUACACAGGUUUUUGUUUCGCGUGCGUAGCGUUUAUUUUGUAGCCAACACCAGCAGUACCAUUACCGAACCGUACCGCACCUUUCCGAUCUGUAAACACUCUAUCGAGAACUAAUCACCUAUAGGGACAUUCUCCGUACUGACCGAAAGACAGAGACUAUUUAUAUUAUUUGCGGCUUUGGACUAGUUAUUGCUCAAAACCAUGAGAGGACUAAUAGAAAUGAUAUACUUAAUGGUUGUAUCACAGCUAUGGCGGCCCCUUAAGUUGUUUGCUUUUAGUUUUAGGACAACUCUAAGCGUGUUACGAAAGCUUCCUUAAGUAAAAUAAAAAGUAAUAAUAUAACAAACUAAAUGAAAUACAAGCAGAAUGGGUGGAGAGAUGAUAAAGUCGUCGCUUAAAGAUUAUCAAAUUAUUUGCUGAAACUCUAGUGUCCAAAAUGAAGAUAGAAAGAUACGAAACGAAACAAAAGCAAAAUAAAACUAAACAAAACAAAGAAGAAGGUUAAGAACUAACACGAAAUUGAAUAAAAAACCAUGAAAUUUUAGCUAUUUCGUUGCAAUAUUUUUUAUAUAUGAUAUUUAAGUAGUAGGGGAUGUAAAAACAAACGAAAGGGAAAAUCAAAUGGAACAUUGAGAUCAAGUUGCAAAAAAUCAAGCGUUUAAAAUCGAUUCGUAGCAAUUACAACAAAAAACAAAAUCAUAUAUACAAUUUAUAUACAAGAAAAAAAAAAAACCACUAAAUAUAUACACAAUAUAUAUAUAUAUAUAUAUACAACAUUGACAUUUGAUAAGCAACAAAAGAAACUUACUAGUUUUAUAUAAAUGCCACGCCCUCAUACAUAAAUAAACCACAUAUGACACACCCACAAAAAACAAAAACAAAAACAAAAAACACAC